AUGGCAGCAGCAGCAGCAGCAACAACAUCAAAUUCUGCAGAUUCAUUUCCCAAUCUAAGAAUCAUAGUGGAAAGCAAUCCCUCUGAGUCGCGCUUAUCUGAGUUGGGCAUUAACUCAUGGCCCAAAUGGGGGUGUCCACCGGGGAAGUACACACUCAAGUUUGACGCAGCAGAGACAUGUUAUCUGGUAAAAGGCAAAGUGAAGGUAUAUCCUAAGAAAGCAGCAGCCUCCUCCUCAUCAUCUUCAUCUCAUCAUCAUCAUCAUCAGGAUGUUGUUGAGUUUGUAGAGUUUGGUGCAGGGGACCUUGUCACCAUCCCCAAAGGCCUUAGUUGCACUUGGGACGUCUCCGUUGCCGUUGAUAAGCACUACAAAUUCGACUCUUCAUGA